AUCUCUUCUACCUCUCGACUUCUUCUGUUUCUUUUUCAAUUUCGACAUAAAGCAAACAGAUCCUUCUCGUUUGCUUAUUUGAACUUGAACAAGCAGAUUUCGAUUUCGUGUCAAGUUUUUUUUCUCAACUUUUUUUCGUCACUCUCUAAGCUCUAUACCCCGGCUCAAAAUAGCCCAAUCUCGUCAGAAUGAGGGAAAUCGUUCAUUUGCAAACCGGUCAAUGCGGUAACCAAGUCGGUACAAAGUUCUGGGAAGUGUUGUCCGAUGAACACGGAAUCGACCCAACUGGUUCUUACAAGGGUACAUCUGACUUGCAAUUGGAACGCAUCAAUGUUUACUACAAUGAAGCUUCUGGCCAAAAGUACGUUCCCCGUGCCGUUUUGGUCGAUUUGGAACCAGGUACUAUGGACUCCGUUCGUUCAGGACCAAUCGGAAACAUUUUCCGCCCUGACAACUUUGUCUUUGGUCAAUCUGGUGCUGGUAACAACUGGGCAAAAGGUCACUACACUGAAGGUGCUGAAUUAGUAGACUCAGUUUUGGACGUCGUGCGCAAAGAAGCCGAAAACUGUGAUAUGUUGCAAGGAUUCCAAAUCACACAUUCGCUCGGUGGUGGUACAGGUGCAGGUAUGGGUACUUUGUUGAUCUCAAAAAUUCGCGAAGAAUACCCUGAUCGUAUGAUGGCCACUUUCUCCGUCGUACCAUCUCCAAAGGUCAGUGACACUGUUGUUGAACCAUACAAUGCUACACUUUCCGUCCACCAAUUGGUCGAAAACUCCGACGAAACAUUCUGCAUUGAUAACGAAGCUUUGUACGACAUCUGCUUCCGCACCUUGAAGCUACAAUCGCCCAAAUACGGUGACUUGAACCACUUGGUCUCCAUCGUCAUGUCCGGUAUCACAACCUGCUUGCGUUUCCCAGGUCAACUCAACUCUGACUUGCGUAAAUUGGCAGUCAACAUGGUUCCCUUCCCCCGUUUGCAUUUCUUCAUGGUCGGUUUCGCACCUUUGACUGCUCGUGGAAGUCAACAAUACCGCGCUGUUUCCGUUCCAGAAUUGACCUCUCAAAUGUUUGAUGCAAAGAACAUGAUGGCCGCUUGUGACCCUCGUCAUGGUCGUUACUUGACCGUUGCAGCAUACUUCCGUGGUAAGGUUUCCAUGAAGGAAGUCGAAGACCAAAUGCAAAACAUUCAAACCAAGAACUCAAGCUACUUCGUCGAAUGGAUUCCUAACAAUGUUCAAACUGCUCACUGUGACAUUCCUCCACGUGGCUUGAAGAUGAGUGUUACCUUCAUUGGUAACUCAACAGCCAUUCAAGAAUUGUUCAAGCGUGUUUCCGAUCAAUUCUCACUCAUGUUCCGUCGUAAGGCUUUCUUGCAUUGGUACACAGGUGAAGGAAUGGACGAGAUGGAAUUCACUGAAGCAGAAUCCAACUUGCAAGAUCUGUUGGCCGAAUACCAACAAUACGAAGCAGCUUCUACAGAUGACGAAGAGAUUGUUUACGAGGAAGAAGGCGAACCAAUUGAAGAAUAAACACUUCGGUAGGAGAAUGCAGAUGAUGGGCAAACGGGAUCGUAUAUCAUUGUGAGAGUGAUGUUGGAUCGAUUGAAGAUAAUAAAUCAAAAAUCAAAAAUUCUCUUUUUUUCCCUUAUUUCGAUGUCGUCAAAGCGACAACCUUUCAUAUUUAUUCAUUCCACCUUUCGGACCGAGAGCAAGUUUGACGACUUGAUUUUUUUGUCCAAAAGAGAACUCCAAUCCGACUUUUUCACUUGCUUCCGCUUGGACUCAAUAUUCUUGCGUUGAUGCACGUUAACUACUUAACCAUUCUUCUUGGUGCUUUCUCCAAAAACAACAUCGUGUUUCUAUUCCAACUUUCUUCUCACUUUAAUGUUCUAUUUACUCUUUUUUCCCGUCCAGAACGAUCGAAUCUAUUAAAUACACAGUCUUUUGCUAUCAUGAUAUCGUGAGCGUUAACGGACGGCUGCCUAUUCAC